GGCCGCUACUGCCGUAUUUCACAGGGCUUCUGGACUUGAGAACUUGAGGUUGCUUCGGUGAUUGCGUCUCUUUCGGGUAAAGGCUUAUGGUGGUGACCUUGUCUUCUGGACUGGGAUGAACCGCGCUCCUGGUGGAAGCAGGGAAGCCGAGCUGAGCCAUGGCCAGUACAGUGGUAGCAGUUGGACUGACCAUUGCUGCUGCAGGAUUUGCAGGCCGUUAUGUUUUACAAGCCAUGAAGCACAUGGAGCCUCAAGUAAAACAAGUUUUUCAAAGUCUACCAAAAUCUGCCUUCAGUGGUGGCUACUACAGAGGUGGGUUUGAAACCAAAAUGACAAAACGGGAAGCAGCAUUAAUACUAGGUGUAAGCCCUACAGCCAAUAAAGCAAAAAUUAGAGAUGCUCAUCGACGAAUUAUGCUUUUAAAUCACCCAGAUAAAGGAGGAUCUCCUUACAUAGCAGCCAAAAUCAAUGAAGCUAAAGAUUUAUUAGAAGGUCAAGCUAAAAAAUGAAGUAAAUGUAUGAUGGAUUUUACGCUCAUUAAUUUAUGUAUAUGAGUACUGAUUUUUUUUUAUAAUAAAACUCCUCAGAGCUCCAAUUUUUAAAAAAUGAUUAACCACAAGCUAAAAUAAAAGCCUUGGUAUAAUUUCAAAUUUGAGGAUUUUUAAAAUCAGACUACAGUGUUUACAGAUUAAUAUUCAAUAAUUACAGAAAGAUACAUGUGAUGUUAGGAGAAACAUUAUUAUUCAUUACUCAUUUAUUAUUUGCACAUAUGGUGCCCAUAUGUGCUCUUAAGGCACAGUUCUUGCUCUAAAACAGCCAGUCUAAUGGGGGACUAAAAUAUUAUGGAGUUGCACACAAACUGUUGAAGCAGGUAAUUCUUACUACCUUUGAGGAAAAACUACUCAAGAUACUACUGGCCUACUUGAAUUCUUAAUUUAGCCACAGCUCUGACCUAAGAAAUGUCCUAGGUAUGUAAAACUAUGAAAAUAUGAAAGAUUUCUGAGUACAGGUUUGUUUUUAAUCAGAAUUAUUUAUACAGUAUACAGCUAGUUUCUUAAAGACAUACUGACCAUUGAUCAAUUAUCCCUUUUCUUUUUUACAUAAUCCAGAUUUUUUAUAUUUAUAAUCAAGUUUAAACAUCAUUAGUGAAAAUGAAAUUCACUCAAGUGUCAAAAUAUUGUAGGUCUUGGACUAUUUAGAAUUUAUACACUAAUUUCAAUGACAUUUCACGGCAGACAUUUAACAGUCUGACAAAAUAUGAAAGGGUCUUAACCCGUAUAAAACAUCUAUAGUAAACUAGCCAGUGAUCCUCAAUAAUUUCUAUCUAAAUUUACCAAAGUCAUUGUAAAGUUCUUUAAUGUAGAAGACAAAGGUUUUGAGGGUGACAAUUGGGACAGUAACCAAAUUUAGUGCUGAAAUAGCUCUUUGGUUCACUUUCCUCCCUGUAUCCUUAUCUGAUGAAAUCUGUAGGUUAUAAGGAGGAACUGGCUUCUAAGGCUUUGUGUCAAAGGGUGGGGGUGGGGAUAAAGAUACUUUCAGUCCUUUUGUAUUCACAGCACUUGCAUUCUUUUAAGUCAUUGUGAACAUAAUUACUAAACUCUAAACCAUUUGUUACUAGGGGAAAUACAGGCUCCUUUUAAAGUCUCUGGUCAUAUUACACAAACCGAUCAAUACAUAAACUUGUUUUAUUUAUGUUUCUAUUUCAAGACACCCUAUUUUCUAUUUUUGCUUUAUUAAUAUUGAACUCACUCAAUGGCACUAUAUAACUCACUUGGCAUAUGAUAGCCUUUUUUUGCUUUUAGGAAAACUAGAUAAGGCUUCACUGCUAUGGUUGUGAGCCAUCUUAGAGAAAUCACCAAAAACAAUAAAAAAAAAAAAAACACACCCACAAAGUAUGA